UGGACUUUGAAGCUAAAACAAGCUACACCCUGAGGAUAGAAGCAGCCAAUAUGCAUGUUGACCCUCGCUUCCUAAGUCUGGGACCUUUCAGCGAUAUGACAACAGUGAAGAUAAUUGUGGAAGAUGUUGAUGAGCCGCCUGUGUUCACUUCUCGAUUGUAUUCCAUGGUGGUGUCUGAAGCAGCAAAAGUUGGCACUAUCAUUGGGACUGUAGCUGCCCAUGACCCAGAUGCUUCAAAUAGUCCUGUCAGGUACUCAAUAGAUCGAAACACAGACCUGGAGAGGUAUUUCAAUAUUGAUGCCAACAGUGGAGUCAUUACAACGGCCAAGUCUUUGGACAGGGAAACUAAUGCUGUUCAUAACAUCACAGUUUUGGCAAUGGAGAGCCAGAAUCCAGCACAGAUUGGGAGAGGCUAUGUAGCCAUCACAAUCCUUGACAUCAAUGACAAUGCCCCUGAGUUUGCCAUGGAGUAUGAGACAACUGUCUGUGAAAAUGCUCAACCUGGUCAGGUCAUCCAGAAAAUCAGUGCAAUCGAUAAAGAUGAUCCACCAAAUGGUCAUCAGUUCUACUUCAGUUUGACAGCAGAGGCAGCAAAUAACCAAAAUUUUACGCUGCAGGACAACAAAGAUAACACUGCAACUGUGCUAACGAGAAGAAAUGGAUUCCGGAGACAGGAACAGUCUGUUUUCUACUUGCCAAUAUACAUUGUGGACAGCGGAUCACCUUCACUUAGUAGCACUAAUACCCUCACCAUCAGAGUCUGUGACUGUGAUGCAGAUGGCAUUGCUCAGACAUGCAAUGCAGAGGCAUACAUCUUGCCUGCAGGACUUAGCACUGGAGCCCUCAUAGCAAUAUUGGCUUGUGUCUUGACAUUGCUAGUUCUUGUCUUGCUGAUUGUUACCAUGAGGCGUCGGAAAAAAGAGCCCCUUAUUUUUGAUGAAGAGAGAGAUAUCAGAGAAAACAUUGUCAGGUAUGAUGAUGAGGGUGGUGGAGAGGAAGACACAGAGGCUUUUGACAUGGCUGCCUUGAGAAACCUCAACAUCAUCCGAGACACUAAGAUCAGAAGGGACGUGACGCCUGAGAUUCAGUUCUUGAGCAGACCAACCUUUAAAAGCAUUCCGGAUAAUGUCAUUUUUAGGGAAUUUAUCUGGGAGAGACUAAAAGAAGCGGAUGUGGACCCCUGUGCCCCUCCGUAUGAUUCCCUGCAGACAUAUGCUUUUGAGGGGAAUGGCUCCGUGGCAGAGUCGCUCAGCUCACUAGAUUCCAUCAGUUCAAACUCUGACCAGAAUUAUGAUUACCUCAGUGACUGGGGCCCUCGGUUUAAACGACUUGCGGAUAUGUAUGGGACUGGACCAGACUGCUUAUAUUCAUAGCCUUGGAACCUUUCUCUGAAAAUGCACUGAAGAAAAUACUAAAACAAGACAAAUAAAAAAAAAAAAAACCUUUCAACUUUACAGACUGAAGAGUGUUGUACAUAUUUCUCCAUUUUUAACCUUUUAGGUUUUUUUGCCUUGGUGAAACAUAUCUUCAUUAGACUUGUUCUAGGGACUGCACUGACCACACAGGAUCUGAGCAUUUAAUGACAUUUUUAAUAAAAUGAAAUGCUCAGUUGCAUUCAAAUAGAUAGCAACCCUCAGGUACCUGCAGAGGCAACUAGCUUGUAAGGGUAUGUAGUGCACUGUGACCUCCAUGAGCCAAUGACACUCUGUAGAUGCCUUCACAGUACUGCUAUAUCUAGAAUGCAGAGUCUCUGGUUUAAUAAGUAUAAGAGGAAAACAAUCAACAAAUAUAAUUCAAUAUACCAAUAAAUAAUAUUUACAAAUGGAAAUUCUUGGACAAAUUUUCAUUACAGUGUUGCAUGCAGCUUGCUAGGUCAAAACCAGGAAGAUGGAUAUGAAACGAAAACAGAAGCAAUUGUAUUUUAAUUGUUCUUGUUUGUUCUUGAAACUGUUUAA